GAUUCAAUAUAUGCUCGAACGAACAAAUCACAAAACGAACCAGUAACAGAUAUAAAAUUUUCUUCCUUAUUUGGGUUGCAACCACAAUCAGAAGCUAGGCAAGAAUUCGGUGACGCGUCGUCUAAAGCAAUUCGCAACACCUCCAAAAGAAUU